AUGCAGAUCAAGGUCGCCGAAGCCAUGAGUGCCGAGACCGCUCCAGCCGCCGAGAGCCCGGCACCGGCACCCGCAGCGCCGUCGGCACCGGUCGUCGAGGAGGAGGUGCAGAGACACGUGGAGGAGCUGAGAAAACUCAAGACGGAGAAGCAGACGCUCAGCAGCAAGCCGUCCCAAGAGGUCCGGCAGCGCGUGGAACAUGCGCAGACCUCGUCCCCAUCAAGGCUCGGCCCAGCGACUUUGAUUGAAGUGGCCGAACAGGUCAGUGCCGCCCGCCGGCAAGCAGGCGGGCAAGCAGGCCAUGCAGCAGGGGGGCACCCCAAAGCGAAGGCAGAGAAGGCAUCGCCUAAGAAGGCAGCAUCGCCUAAGAAGGCAGCAUCGCCCAAGAAGGCAUCCCCAAAGAAGGUGGCAAAGACGUCGCCCAAAAAGAGACCUGCCGACGGCAGUCAUGAAGCACGUGGAAGAGUUGAACAAGUUGAAGUCGAGCAAGAAGAAGCAGGCUUAUCUCAGCAAGCUCUCGGACGCCAUGCACAUGAAGGUGGCCGAGGCAUUGUCCUUGGCGGGCGCCGGCUGUUGAGUUCGGCCGAAGUGACCCGGGGAGCGAACCAUCGGGCCGGGGCAGAGUUGUUGUGUGCAGCCUUGGGCUUCCUCUUCUUUCCUCUUGGACGUCUGUCAGAUGAUUUGGAGUUCGGCCUGGGCCUGUGGAUUCUGGGAGGGCUUCAAGUGGCCUUGGACCAAGAGAACGAGAAGGUGGCAGGUGCAGAAGCGACCAAGGAGGACUUGGAACGCAAGCUUCAGGCGGCCGAGGAGGCCUUGAAAGGUGCCAAGAGCUUCACCGCGGAGAAGAGCGAGGCCUUGGAACAGGCUACACAGGCCGUGGUGAAAGCAAAGGCUGCCUUAACACAAAGGACGAAGGAGCAGCAGCAAGGAGAGACUGAGCUGGGGAAAGUGGUGGCUGAGAAGGAUCUGUUGGAAGUCUCCAAGAAAGAGAGCUUUGAGGCCUUGAAGCUGGGGAGCUUGAGUGGAGACAAAGAGGUGAAGGCAGCUUUCAAGAAGCUGGAGCCUUCGCUGAAGCUCCUAGUGAUGGACCAAAGCCUACGCAAUGCCAUCCCCGGUGUGCUCACCCGCCCGCCCAGCGAGCGCGGGGUGUUUGAUGGCACGGUUCUGGAUGAAUUGGAAAAGAACUUUGAGCCGAAGAUCUCGGAGCUGAGCACCGCCAUCCAGGCGGCACAACCCGGUGCCGCGCAGCGGCAGGAGGUGGUGGACGGAGCCCAGCAGGACCUCUCCCAAGCGGAUGAGGCUCAAGCACAGGCCACGAAAGACAUGUGCGCCGCCAAGGAGGCCCAAAAGGAGGCGACGCAGGGUGUGAGCCAGGCGAAGGAAGCGGUGGCAGCCUACAAGACGGAAUACAAGUCCGCCACGAAGACCCGGGACGAAAAACAGGCCGAGCUGCAAGCCUUUGUGGAUGGAAGUUUGGCGACCUUUCAGGAACUGAAGGUGCGUUGCAAGAAGCGAAAGGCAGUGGAAGAGACCGAGGCCACUGAGGAGAAGGCCACUGAAACAGCGUCCCAACGUGAAGUGGCAGCCUAA